AUGGCGUCUUUCUUCGCCAAGGCAAGGGAGAGGGCCGAGGCUGCCGCUCAGCAGUUCCAGGCUGCCCACUCGUCGUCGUCGUCGUCGUCGAACAACAACAGCACCGCCGCUGCCAACGCCUCGUCGUCCAACCCCGCUGGUGGCGAUGCGCAUAGGUCAAACUUCAGCUACUCGGGCGUGGUGCCGCACCUCCUCCGCCAGGGCAUCGCCUCGGUCGAUCCGCGCUACGAAUCUAACCGCCCCCUUCACCUCCUCAGCGGCUCCAUCAAGAGCUUCAACAUCGAUCAUGACGCCCUCGCACGAGAGGCAAAGGCCGUCGCAAAGGCCACCUACAACUGGGGCCAGAAUCACCUGCCCGAGAACCGCGAAGACGGCGUAGGCGACGACAUGAUCGCCGACGUCACCGACCGGCUCGCCUUCCUCUUCCACCAGCUUGGACAGCUCGAGGCUGCACACUGCGACCGCGCCGAACAGGCCAGGUCGUCGCUGAAAAAGUUCCAGAAGGACGAAAUGGAGCUCGCCGCCCGACGCGACAAGCGCAUCAAGCUCAAGCGCGAGCUCCACGCCCUCAUGCCCCAGCAGGCCGUCGCGUCGUCCAACAACCGCAGCGCAGAGCUUCACAGGCAGCUCGACGAGCUCAACCAUGAGGACCAGGCCGACGAGGAGUUCCUCAGCCGAAAGAAGCGCGAGGGUCUGCAGCAGGGCUACACGGCCCUCUUCGACAGCCUCAUUGAGCUCGGCGAAAAGACGGCCCUCGUCGCCCGCUACGGAAAAGUCCUCACCGGCCUGAUCCCCACCGAAAAGUCCAGCUUCCCGGCGCAGGUCAAGCCGAGGGGGCCCGAGAUCCCGCUCUGGGAGGGAGCCACCAAGACGGCCGAGAUCCGGGCCGCGCUCCAGCCGGCGCUCCAGGCGUACAAGCCCAUCGACACGCUGCCCGUCAUCCCUAGCUCCGCAUCCUCGGGCCUCGGCCGUGCGGACACGGUCUCGUACGGCGUCUCGAACCGCGCCGACCUCGAGCAGGACGACGCCGGCACAAACAGCAGCGCCCGCCGCAACUCUGGCCAGCACCGACGCACCAGCUCGGCCUCGGAGCACGGCAGGCCGACCGACCCCUUUGCCUCGCCGCACGAUUCGGCUGCUGCUGCCGCCGCCCCCUCGUCCUCGCCGCAGUCGCAUCUCAACAUGAGCCCAAGCACCAUCCCUGCUCCGACUGGCCUGCCCAGGCGUGUGCCGCCCCUGCCCGGUUCCAGCUCGGCCGGCACAGCAGGCGUGGGGAACUCGCCGCUGCCGCCCAACGCGACCCCGCCAGCUGCGCCUGAUCCGUCGCGCUCACCAUCUGCCACCUUCGCGGCGCUCGGCUCGGGGCCCGGCGCAUCGUCGGCCAGCGUUGGCGGCGCUCACGACGAGGGCGCCGCCGGUGGCAACGUGCCGCCCGCUCCGACGGUUGCUGAGACCGGGGUCGUGCCGCAAGGAACGGGUGGUCCAAAGUCAGGCACGCUGCUGCCACGCCGAUCGUCGUCGCUGACCCGCUCCAAGUCGAUUUCGGCAGGCGCCGUGGCCUACCUCGGCCCCGCGGGCACCUACACAUACCAGGCGGCGGUCAAGGUGUUUGGCAAGGAGGGCGCUAGCCUGAUCCCGAUGCAGAGCAUCUCGAGCGCCGUCGACUUUGUCAAGCGCGGCAGCCCGGGCAACGUCAAGUUUGCCGUCGUCCCCUUCGAGAACAGCACCUUUGGUCCCGUCAAGGACACCGUCGACGGUCUCUGCGACCUCGCCAACCACUCUGGUGGCGGCCACAACUCGGGCGGCGGCGUCACCGGCAAGGCCUACAUCAUCGGCGAGACCAGCCUCGACAUCCAGCAUGCGCUGCUGUGCGGGCCCAAGACGUACCACCACCUCCUGCAGCUGCAGGGCUCGCGCGACAACCUCGAUGCCAUUCGCCCCGACACCCUCGCGCACAUCACCCAGGUCUUUUCCCACGAGCAGGCGCUGGGCCAGUGCGCGCGCUUCCUCGAGCGGUGCAUGCCGUCGGCACGCAAGAAGCAGGUCGACUCGACGGCGGGCGCCGCCACGGCCGCGCUCGAGGUCGAGAAUUGCACGGCGCCUGGACUCGCCACCGGCGCCAUCUACUCGCCCCACGAGUCGCCCGGUGCAAGCGGCAGCUGCCCGCUCGUUGCCGCCAUUGGGCCCGAGUCGUGCGCCGAGGAGGUGGGCGUUCGCGUGCUCAAGACGUCGAUCCAGGACACGGACAACAACCGCACCCGCUUCGUCGUGCUGGCCAGCGAGCCGCUCGACAUGGUGACGCGCUCGGCCAUCCUUCCCGGCCAGCUGCAGUCUCACCUCAACGAGAGCCUGCGCGGCGUCGUACGAUCGAGGUCGAUGGUCCGCGUGUUUGACGCCAUGAACGCCGACGACGGUGGGGCGGCUGGCGCGGACGGCGCGUUGAUCGGCUCGCCUUCCAAGUUCCAGCAGUUCCUUGCCGAGGUUAGCGUCGACCAGCAGACUCGUCUGCGCAAGAUCGAGCGCAGGCCGGCGCCGUUUGUCGGCGGCGUGGGCCCGUCUGCCGCCGGCGAGACCGCGCAAAACGUCUGGAAGGGCGCCUACCUGGUCGAGCUCGAGGUCGAUGGCCAGCACGCCGAGGAGGCGCGCCAGCGAUUCGAGUCAAUUGUGGCGAGGCUGGGAGGAUCUUCUGCCGGCGGGCCUUACUUUGACCGCGGGAUCGACUACCUGGGCAGCUGGAACACCAACUCGCUGUCCAGCGUCUCUGGCGAGUCAACGAGCGCCAGCGCCGCCGGGAUGGCCCGCCCAGCCACGCCGCCCCGGCCGCUGGGCGGAAACCCCUUCGGACCGUCCGCCUCUUCGUCGUCGGGCAUCUCGGACCUCGCCACGCCGGGCCAUGCCGUGAGGCGCCCGUCGGGCACCGGGCUCGUCGCGUCCGGCAGCACGUCUUCAGUGUCGACCGAUGCGACGGUGCACGCGGCGCAGCAGCCGGAGCUGAGUGAGCGGGAAAAGAAGGAGCAGGAGGCGCAGAGGGAGGCCGACGAGGUGAGGCGACACGCGGCCCAGGCGAGGUUCAGCAGGCAGCAGCAGCAGCAGUCCCUCUACGGUGGAGCGCCAGAGCAGGGCGGCAGGCUGGAAGGUCUGCAGGAGAACAAGGAGGCCGAGGGCGACGAAAACGACGAGGACCUCCCGGCCUAUGAGCCUUUCUCGAGGCCAGGCCAGUAA